AGCGAGCGCAGGAGGUUUUCACAUAAGCGGUUUAGGGAGAAAAGAGGCUGGCUUGGGUUAUCUCCAGACUCGGAAAUAAAAGGAUCCUGGGAGGAGGGACAAAGAAAAAAAGAAUAGGGAAAAUCCGGCGUAAGGUGUUAUUAGUUAGACAGGAAAAGUUAGACAGGAAAAAAGAACUACAACUCUCAGCAUGCCCGAGCCAGCGUAUCUUUUUUUGUGUCUAAGCUUGCGCAAGAGCAAGUCUUUGCUACUGGAAGAAUUGGAGAUGUGCCAAAAGCUAUGCAAGAACUAAAUUGACACUUCCUGUUGAACUCGAAAAUCAUCUUUAACGCAUCCAGAUCAUGGGCGCAACCGGAGCAGGCCGCUUCUUGGUUUCCUUGAUGGAAGGCGUGAUUGGUUUGGCAAAGGAAGUUAAAACAGGGAGCGCGCCGGGGAAAGAAAUAGAGAAUAUUCCGUUUUCAGACCGGAACUGCCCUGAGAACGCUCCUCUACCUCUUUCUUCUCCUAGUUCUAUGGCGCGGGACGCUCAGCCGAACUUCCGGCUUGGAACGAAAAGCUACGGCAAGUCCGCGGCUCCAAUCUGCGGCCUGCCCCGUUGGCGGCGGCGUGGCGCCCCUUUAUCCCGGGGCACUCCUGUUGUGUGUGCGCGGGCGGACCAGGCGUUGUAGUCGGCUUGGCACGAAUCGAGUCGUGGAGUUCGAUGCUCUUGGGCGCCGAAAAAGAGUGUAAAGCCCCCUUUUUGGGACCCCCGGCGGGAGCCUGGAUUGGGAGGGCGGUGUCUGCGGCUUCGGAUCGGAGCGAGCAGGCAGAGGAAGAGGGUCGUCUGCGGACUGUGCGGGGCGACUCUGCAUAAGCGGGGGAAAGCGCCCCCCCCGGAGCGAUGGAGCAGCAUCCCCUGCUAGACGCCCUGCAGGUGACCGUCCCAGAGAUCCGGGGCUGUUCUGACCGUGCUCCCGUGCAGCAGGUUGUCCCUCAGUUCCUGCGCCUCUUGGCAAGUGGGGGGCCGCGGAGAGCAAGCGGCAGCGCCAAGGCAGGGGUGAUCCGAGACCUCCUGGCCAUUCUGGAGGCUGUGGACUGCCGGUGGUUAUUUGGGGGCUGCCAGCCGAAUGCCAGCCCCGCUCUGCUUUGUGACCUGGUGGUAGCUUUGAACCGUUGCACAGCACCACCCCAGCAAGAGCCAGAUCGAGGAGGUGAUGGCCCUUCCUAUGCUGAGGUCGCUGAUCAGUCGGUGGACGUUGGCCUGGUUUUCUGCAACAUAAUGGAGAAACUGGAAGUGGCUAAAAGCCUGGUAGGACUGGGCUCUGGAGUGGUUGGCUCAGCCCUCCGGCAAGUGGCAGGCCCCGUCUUUAUAUUUGCCACAACUCACUUGGCAGAGAUGCCGUGGAGCAACCUGAAGAUGCGAUCUGUGACUCAGGAGCUGCUGGCUGGUUUGCUUCGAGCCACUGAUUGCCAGUCAGUACCUGAAUUCCUCAGAGGUGCCCACGAGGGUGAAGAUGGCUGGUUUGCUGUGGUGAUGCAUUGUCUGAAACCAGAGUUGACCAAAGAUACAUGGGAGCACAACCCAGCCACAAAGCACGUCUUCUCCACGGUGCUCCAGCAAGUCACAAGGCCCUGGCUCGACCAUCACUUAGAGAAAGUCUUGCCACCUUCACUGCUGCUGUCCGAUGACUACCGAGCAGAAAACAAAAUCCUGGGAGUGCGGUGCCUACACCAUAUCAUUCGGAACGUGCCAGCAGCUCACCUCUGCCAGUUUAACAGGAUACAGGUUGUGCAUCAUGCCCUUUCCAACCAUCUCUAUACCAAAGAGGCCCAGCUCAUGCAGGUAACCUUACAGUGCAGCCUUAGGGCUGCUCGGGGUGAUGCCCCAUUGAGUUAAAUGGGUCCGACUCCCAGGUAGAUGGCCAUAGCAUUGCCUCUUUAAAGACAGUUAUUUUACAGCCCAUCCUCUCUUAACUGUCCCGACUAGGUUGCUCUCUUACUGCUUCUUAGCACCCCCUUUUUGUAAAGGAGUUCAAUUUAAUUUCUACUGCUUUGAACUAGAUUCUGAUUUUGAAUCCUUUUGAAUCCAGUAAUCAUCGCUGGAGUCCUCAGUUUUUAGGACACUGAUGAGGGAAGAUGCAGGGGCAGCACCUCUUAGCAAGUGGCUCUCUAGUCAUUCUGGGCAACCCACAGUGCAGAUACUCUGCUGGAUUCAGUCAUCACAAGCCACCCUGCAAACAGCCAUGGGUUCUCAGCCUCUGAAGAACCAUCACAAAGGAAAACCCACAUGAAGUUCCAGAAUUGACAAGCCACCUUGAAACAUCACAUGGUGAUGACCCACCAUAGCUUAUCGUGCCAGCCAGAUCAGUGUGCAUCCUCUCAGGUCGAAUGAGUUCAGAGCACCAUGUUAGCAUUCAGAGGCCCACAACCAAAA